CCCGCUAGUCGCGCCGGUAAAAACGUUUACUAUACUUGUAUUAUUAUAACCGGAUAGGUUUCAAGUGAGUGCCAUAUGGAAUUAUGUUCUACAUUGAUUCCCAUUAAAACAGCGCGCAUUUCUCUGUCACUUGUCAAGAGAGCGCAGACACAGCCAGGACACGACGUUGAUCACCAGCAGUGGCACAGCACAGGAAACCGAACAUUGAGGAUAUAUAUUCUAGAUUUUUGUCGGCGUUAAUUAAAAAAACAGUAUUAGAAAGGUUUAAAUUCCACUGGUUUGGUGUCUGGUAGGACUAGGUUAUUCUAGUUGAUGAAAUGACGGUGAGAUGUUUUAUAUAAAACGAAUAACGGAGAUGAGAUGAUACAGAAUAUAACGUUAGGUUCACUAGAAUCACAUGUGAUACUUCGACUGUACCGAUCAUUAUGGCACAUUAGGCAGCCAGAUAACAUUUACUGGAUUUUUUAAAUUGUAAUUUAAAUGUGAUUUUACAGCUACCUCUAAUCUCAGAAAGAUUCAGCUAGCUAGUUUGGUAGAUGUUGUAAAUGCUGGUAUAUCCAGUAGUGUGCAUUUAAUUUAGCUAACCGUAGACGGCUGACAAGCUAGCUAAAAUGAUGAGGUAGUAUGCGUAGAAUAAUGCCCAACAUUCUGAACAAUGUUUACUGGAUCAUAUAAUAUAUGUAAUAUUACAAUAUAGAUAGCUAAUUACGUUGGCUAUUAAAUAAAUCGACCCGGCUAUUACCCUUGGUUUUUGUGGGCCUAUAUUCCAAUCUGACAUAAAUUGUCACCUAUGCGAAAUGGGCCCACAUUUUAAAUGAGAAAACAAAGAAUUAGGCAGGCUACUUGAGAGAUUAAGCUGAUUACAGUUUUCCGCGUUUUGGGGAUAGCUGCUGGCUAGCUAGUUUGGAAGUGUAGGAGCUUGCCGCUCUGUGUUCCUAAAUCAGGGUCAGUUUUCUAAAUCGACGUUUUCAGUGCCGCCACAAUGGACAGUCAUACCGGGGACGACAUGAGUGUCGUGGAGGUGGAACCCAUGCCUGGCUAUGCGGAUCUCAUAACGAGAGCAUCAACAGUGAUGCCCAGUGCCUUGAGAGGCUGUAGCACUUGCGGUCUAGAGCUCUCCAAAAGCACGCUCCUGGAUAACGCUUAUAUUACCUGGACCGAAAUCGGCCUUUUCUUCAUCUGCGCGGUUAUGUGGACGCAGAUACGACGGGGACUAACAGAAUGUCUGUUCCAGCCGUUUGCACAAUGGUGUAGUCUCCAGCCCAAAGAUUCUGCCAAGAUGCCAGAGAGCUCGUGGAAGCUGGUCUUCUACACCAUGUCCUGGUCGUACAGCACCUACCUGCUCUUCUUCACCAACUACACCUUCUUCCAUGACCCGCCCUCCGUAUUCUAUGAAUGGAAGCGUGGCAUGACAGUGCCCACGGACAUCGCCAUCGCCUACCUGAUCCAGGGCAGCUUCUACGGACACUCCAUCUAUGCCACGGUCUACAUGGAUGCCUGGAGGAAGGAUUCUACCGUCAUGGUGGUGCACCACGUCAUCACCCUGGCCCUCAUCACCUUCUCUUACGCUUUCAGAUUCCACAACAUUGGGUUGCUGGUGUUGUUCCUCCACGACAUCAAUGACAUCCAGCUGGAGUUCACCAAGCUCAAUGUAUACUUCAAGACCCGUGGAGGGGGCUACUACCUCAUCAACGACAUCCUGUCCAACAUGGGCUCUGUCAGCUUCAGCAUCACCUGGUUUUGGUUUCGUCUCUACUGGUUCCCUCUGAAGGUUCUGUACGCCACCUGUGUGUCCAGCCUCCAGUCCGUCCCAAACAUACCCUUCUACUUCUUCUUCAACUCACUCCUCUUGACAUUCCUCUGCAUGAAUAUCUACUGGUUUUUGUAUAUAGUGGCAUUUGUGGCGAAAGUCCUGACGGGGCAGAUGAAGGAUGUAAAAGACCUCAGGGAGUACGAGGGUGAGGAGGGAGCCCAGAGGGCCGCAACCCUGCUUAAGGCCCAGCAGCAGAGUAAAGAUGCAGGACAUCUCAACAAUUCUGCUGAAACUCAACUCAACAACUCUACUGAAGGGAAGCACUUGCAGAACGGGAUCACCAAGGAGAAGCAUCUAUAAUUGCCUCUCUACCUCUAUCUCCUGGCACUUAACUCUGAAUGCAAGUAACCUACAUUUAGGUCUAAGUGAAUCACAAAAAGGUUAAAAAAAACAUCAAAUUAGAAAAGUGAUAAUUUUUCAUUCUGUUUUGUCAUUGUUUUAUUAUAUCACUGUGAAUGUUAUUUCAGGUGACCUUUGUCUUAUUAACAUUAAAUUUGAAGAAAAAGAAAGGUGAGUUAUGUGAAUGUCCUCUCGUGUAUUCUACAGGGGCAUUUAGCAGUUGUGUCAACUCUUAACAAACAUAAGACAAGGUUGAGCUAUUGAUUUUUAAACGUCUAGACCUAUAAAAAAAAAUAACAUGCAUACGUUGGAGGACAGGGCUCUAUUCAGUCUGUCACUGAAGCGUUACAGAUUGCGAUAUAAAGAUGUAAAGGUCAUUUUUAAUUGAGCCUACAUGCAGAGUUUACCGUGAAUGCACUCUGCUAACGCGGAAACGUUGCCUUUAAAUUUAAUCACAAUGUAAUGCUGAACUUCCGCAAUACGGAUAGAUUAGGGCCCUAAAGCACUCACACAGUCACCAUGGCAAAGGUCCUCUCUAGUAUAGUUGAAAAUAAAAGAGAGCCGCACACUCUAGGAGCUCAGAUGCAAAAAUGUAAUUACCAACGUUUCGACAGCCAAGCUGUCUUCAUCGGGGUAUAAUUUCAAGUUUUCUACUCCGCUAGCCAGCACCUCGUCUUAAUAGGUGUGCGUUUCUUUUUCUUCUAGACCUUUCUAGUAUAGUGUCAGGUAAGACCCAAGUGCAGACUGUGUAGAAGUAACAAUGUUUAGUGUAACGGGCAUGCAAACGACAGGUCAAGGCAGGCAGGGGUUGAUAAUCCAGAGUAGUGGGGCCAAGGUACAGGACGGCAGGCAGGCUCAGACAGAAGGUCGUUAAUCCAGAGUAGGGGCAAAGGUAUAGGACAGGAGGCAGGCAGACUGGUCAGGCAGUUAGGCUCGGAGUCAGGACAGUCAGGGAUCAAAACCAGGAGAGCGAGAAAAGAGAGACUGGAAACAGCAGGAGCUGAGCCCCAAACCACUGGUAGGCUUGCUCAAAUAAGACAAACUGGCAAAGACAGACAGAAAACACAAGUGUAAAUACCCAGGGGAUAAGUGGGAAAGAUGGGUGACACCUGUAGGGGGGUGGCAACAAGCACAAGGACAGGUGAAACAGAUCAGUGUGUGACAUGGAGAGAACUGGAUCUCCGUUUUUAAAGAUCCUUCCUCUAAAAGCUUUUUAAAGUUUAUACCCCCUAUUAUUUCAGGAGUGAAGGCUAAAAUACUAAAGGGAACUAUUGCAUCAUGUCACCAUUGUGGGUGAGAGGUUGCAUGUAAGGGGCUGGUUUUGUUUUCCAAACAUGUAUUCAUUUUCUUAUCAUUGCACAGGUCGAUAGUGACCACAUAUACAUUUCCUCAGCCUGACCUGCAAUAUUUGAAGAGCCACUUCGGUGUAGUAUUGAUGUCUUUUAAAUGUGAAUUGUGAACCAAUUUUUUUUUUUUUUUUUUUUUUUUUUUUGCUGUCAUUUGAUAGGCAUUAGAAAUAUUGCUUGCAUUCCUGUAUGGAAAAUGCAUUGUCACAUUUUCUGUUUUUUUAGCUUCUGUUGUCGCACUGAAAUGAAGGCAUUCAAGCCGAUAGCUGGUUAAUGACAGCUGAUGUAGCUGAACUUGAUUGACUGGGUUUAGUAUCAUCCUUAUGAUUUUGGUAAAGAUAUGGAUUUGAAUAAUAAUCAAUAUGGUGGUGGUUGUCAGGUUCACAGAAAAAUUUAAGCAAAUGGCCUUUACUUGUGUAAAAGAAGAUACAAAUCAAAUGUGAAAAACAUAUGCACAUAUGGUAUUCAGGAAUGCAUGACAUUGCAAUGGUUUUGGAAUAUGCCAUGAAGUCAUAAGCAAAAACCACAAAUUAAGAAAACUACAAACUAUGUAAUCUUAACCUUUAUCAAUGUGCAGAACUGACCUGAAAAAAGUGAAGUAAUUAGAGCCGAGCGUCACACACUCCAAAUGGUUCUGUCCUUACAUUUGAAUGUGCCACUGGUUGUGUGUGCAUGUGUUCCGCAACUCUCCAGUUUUUCUCUUUGCUGUGCCUGUGACAUAAGGGGUGCUGUCCUUUUCGAUCAAAUUCAACAGUAUGCUUGUGCUGGAACAGGCCACAGAUGUCGGCAGGUAGAAGUGUCCGUUAGUUGUGGAUGUGUCUUCCAGUCCCCAGCACUAGCUACCACUAGUGCCAGUGCCUGGGAUUACCUAGAUUUUGAUAUUACAUGCAAUUAUUUUUUAUAUUAUUUAAUUGCUGCUGUUUCUGAAAACACUGUAAUCCAGUCGUGUCCCUUUUCCUGUGUAUGCGUCGGUUAAUGGUUUGUGCCCAGCCAUCUACCAUGGUACUGUCCCCAAAUGUGUGCGCACUUUCCCUCCAUCUCUGUCCAGCUCUCUCCUGGUCUGUCUGUCCUCUCCACCACAGACAACCAGAUUGGCUUUGUGAGGUGAAACUACUCACAGCAAAUUCCCUCUGUUCAAGAAACCGUAUACUCCCCUUUCCCCCCCAAAGAAAAUACAUUUGUGUCAGAAAGACUAAGGUUAUAGAGUAGUAAUCACUUUUGUAAGUUUUAUUUUGAGGCAGAUCUGGUAGUUUUUUGUGACAAGCAUUAAAUAUAUAGAAGCCCAUCCACAGUUCAGAAUGAAAAUGUGGAAGAAUAAUGAUUCUAUGCAUUGCAUUAAUGCUUUAAGAAUGUGCCAAAAAUGUUGAUCUUUAUCACAAGAAGUUCUGAGAGGCCUGGCCUGGACCUGGGUGGCUAGAAAGAGCUGUUAUAAUGGAUAUGAAGAGGGUAUGCCUCACAGGUGUUUCUUACAAAUUGCACUGUCAUUUAUUGCUGUUUUUUUUAAUCAUCAGAAAAUAGGAAUGCAGGUAGAUUUGGGAUUUUUUACAAAUUUCUGGACUUUAAGAAUCAAAUGAGGUAUGAAGUGAAAUAGUUAAUUGGUUUUAGGUAAAUAUUUAUUUGACCACUGACACACUGCAAGGUCUCUACCAUCAGCCCCAAGUUUCAAUUUGACCACUUUGGUAUGACAGGUACUGACUUGUAAUAAAACAAUGUUAAUAAUUCCAUUCAACCAGUGUUAUUGUAUCAUGUUUUCCCAUAAAAUAAAAUGUGUUCAUUUAAAAAAAAGAA